AUGGCACACACAAGCCCACGCCACCAGAUCAGAGCCUUGAUCGAACAAGCAUCGGACCUCGCAGAUAACAGUCAAUGGGAUGCGUCAAUCGCACUCCUUCGUCAGGCGCUGCAACUCUGCGAGCGGUAUCUUGGUCCUAACCACGCCGAUACGCACUUGACUCAGACUAUUCUGGCCUACAACUACCGCGCGCAGGGUCAGUACGGAGAUGCCGAGCGUCUCGACAGAGAAGUUCUCUCUAGACGACAGCGGCUCCUCGGCGACACCCAUGCGGAGACCGCGAAAAGCCUCAACAAUGUUGCGCUCGAUCUGAAAGGCCAAGGACGCGAAGGCGAGGCACUCGACCUCGAGAAGAAAGCGCUGGAUAUUAUGAUCAGUGUCGAAGGCGAAGAUGCACUGCCGACUUUGACGAGUAUGAACAACCUCGCCAACAGCUACGUGAACCUGGGUCGGUUCCAAGAAGCCGCCGAUUUACAUGCCCGAGUGCUGGAAGUUCGAACACGUGUGCUAGGACAGGACGACCCAUUGACCAUUGCGGCGAUGGAUAUGCUUGGUGGGGAUUACCGCAGCCUCGGGCAGAUCGAUCGUGCCAUCCAACUGCAGGAGGAUGCCGUCAGGACUGCGAAGUCCAGCUUGGGCGCUGCCCACGAGACAACGGUCAAGUGCGCGAUGAACCUCGCGGACACGUAUAAAUCGCAAGGCACAGAUGAGGGAACUGCCCGCCAGGUAGCGCUUUUGGAACAAGCACACGAGUCAUUGGAUCGUCCUGAGCAGGAGGAUACUCCGCUUACCGUCGGACUCAAGAAUAACCUUGCUGUUGCGUACGCAAGGGUCGGUCGACUGCAGGAUGCGAGGCCCCUGCUGGUCUCCUGCCAUGAGUGGCACAAGACGACAUAUGGACCGAACCAUCCGAGAACUCAGGCCUCUAGCCAGAACUUGGCGUGGAUACUGGAGCAACUGGGGGAACUCGUCAGGGCUCCUGUAUUUUAG